AUGAAUAAAAUUCCAGAACGUGAGCGGUUUCUCCGCUGCUGCUCUGAUAUUUCUGUCGAGCUCGUCCAGAGCGUCCAACAACGCAAAGAUGUGAAUCUGAAUGCAGUUGUUGGCCGCUAUGCGAAAAAAUACAAGCUCUCAGCCCAACCGCGGCUAACAGAUAUUAUAGCAGCGAUUCCUGAGAACUAUAAAAAGCAAUUGCUGCCCAAACUUCGAGCGAAGCCAGUGCGCACGGCAAGUGGAAUUGCCGUUGUGGCUGUAAUGUGCAAGCCACAUCGCUGUCCACACAUUGCAUAUACAGGAAACAUUUGUGUUUAUUGCCCAGGCGGACCCGACAGUGAUUUUGAGUACUCAACGCAGAGCUACACCGGGUACGAGCCCACCUCGAUGCGAGCGAUCCGGGCCCGCUAUGAUCCAUACGAACAGGCCCGCGGGCGGGUUGAGCAGCUUCGAUCCCUGGGUCAUUCCAUCGAUAAAGUCGAGUAUAUUGUUAUGGGUGGAACUUUCAUGUCGCUUGACAAGCAGUAUCGAGAAGAGUUUAUUUCUGCCCUCCACAAUGCUCUUUCGGGCCAUACCACCAAAGAUGUAGACGAGGCUGUGGAGUUUGCCCAGCAAAGUGCAACAAAAUGUGUUGGAAUCACUAUUGAAACUCGGCCCGACUAUUGCACAGAGACCCAUUUGAGCGACAUGCUUCGAUACGGCUGCACUCGUUUAGAAGUCGGUGUACAGAGUGUUUAUGAGGAUGUUGCCAGAGACACAAAUCGCGGCCAUACGGUGAAUGCUGUCUGCCACACAUUCGCGGUUGCCAAAGAUGCUGGGUACAAGGUUGUUUCGCAUAUGAUGCCAGAUCUGCCGAACAUGGGCAUGGAGAGAGACCUGGAGCAGUUCCGGGAGUAUUUCGACAACCCAGCUUUUCGCACAGAUGGCCUCAAGCUGUAUCCCACUCUCGUAAUUCGGGGUACAGGUCUAUACGAGCUUUGGAAGCAAGGCCUAUAUCAAAGCUACCCACCAAGUGCUCUUGUCGAUCUGGUGGCUCGCAUUCUAGCCUUGGUACCCCCUUGGACACGGAUCUAUCGUGUUCAGCGCGACAUUCCUAUGCCACUGGUGUCUUCAGGUGUUGAGAAUGGUAAUCUUCGUGAACUUGCAUUGGCCCGCAUGAAAGAUUUCGGUACAAAGUGCCGAGACGUUCGAACCCGCGAGGUAGGAAUACAAGAAGUCCAUCACCGAGUUCAUCCCGACCAGAUUGAGCUUAUUCGGCGUGAUUAUGUUGCGAAUGGUGGAUGGGAGACAUUUUUGGCCUAUGAGGAUCCCCACCAAGAUAUCCUGGUCGGCCUACUGCGUCUGCGCAAAUGCAACCCUGAAACAACCUAUCGCCCAGAAUUGACUGCUCAGCCAUCUAGUGUGGUGCGGGAGCUUCAUGUCUACGGUAGUGCUGUCCCCUUACAUUCGCGUGAUCCUAGAAAGUUCCAACACCAGGGCUUCGGUACGCUCCUAAUGGAAGAGGCCGAACGGAUUGCCCGAGAAGAACACGGCUCACAAAAGCUCUCGGUCAUUUCUGGUGUUGGUGUCCGAAACUACUACGCACGUCUUGGAUACGAGCUUGAUGGACCUUAUAUGUCUAAGAUGCUUUAA